AAGAGUCUUUCCCGCCUUGAUUUGCUUUGCACGACAGACUGAAACUCAGCACUCAGCAAUACGUUGUUUGGAAUAAGGGGCCACCAUGUAUAUUUCUUAUCUAUUUGGUUUCUUAUUGACAAUCCCCCUGUUAAUUCAAGGCUGUUGGGGUGGAGAAGAAACCAAGAAUGUUAGUUGUGCAAGCCUCCGAACUGAAAAUGCUUACAAAUACUGUGUAAAGAAGAAGGAGAAACCUAUAUGUGUGGAGUGGCAAUCCGUGGAUUCCAAUAAGACGUCUACGUGGCUUGCUGAACUUUGCCGACACAAAAACACUUCACAAGCACCCAAUGUGAUUGAUGUCAGCUACUCCUGCAUCACCCUCCUGGAGUGUGUCAACGUAGACCACACUGCCAUAUGUGAUCGGUCUGAGCAUUUGACCCAUAUCAUUGUGUCUGGUGCAUCAGAUGAGCCAAAGAAGCCUUUGGAGAAAGAGCCUGACAGUCAGAAUACAACUGCAGAUGAUGUGAAGCAGGAUGUCGACAAUGAAAACCCCAACCAUGACAACACUCACACAUUGCUCUUCCCAGUGGGUAUUGUUGUUGCUCUCGUGUUGGUCAUUGCUGGUCUGCUCUGUGUGUAUAAACCUCAGAGAGACAAACAGCGCAACCAAGGCCACAGAGACAUGGAAGAGGUUCAGGGCAUUCCAGAACCAAACUCCAUUCCUCUGAUGCAGAAUGAGCAACGUGAUUCCAGAGACAUCAGAAAGCCUGAUGACGGUGAGACUGUUGAAGCUGUGGUUGUUCCCAGUGACCAAGGAGGUGAGCCAGGAGAGGAGAGGCAGCCCAUGGACAAUGAAGAGACAGGCGCUGACAACCCUCUGCUGAAUGGAGAUGCCAGUGGCCAAGGAGAGGAAGGUGUUCUAGGAAUGGAGGAUGGAAAGCCGUCAGACAAUGACAGAGCAGCCACUGAAACCUGUCAGAAGACACAUGCUGAUUCCCCUCCACUGAAUGUACCCAAGGUUGUCAGGGUUAACGAUGAGACUAAGGAAGUGACUCCUGGUGCACAGAGUCCAGGACCUCCUCAGAUGAAUGGAGGACCUCCCAUGUCUAACAGAGCUGCAGAGGAGACCACUGCUCUAUUGCACAAAUAGGCCUUGGACAAGGACCAAGUCACCAAACCUCCUGAGUUAAUAGACAAAGGACCUAAUGACAUGGAAUCAAGAGGAGAACUGUAACAAACGAUGGACGUUUGUAUAGGAAAAGAAAACCUAAUAAGAUAUAAGAUACAGUAAUAUAUGAUAUACAGUACUUAUUAUAAGAUACACAUAUGUGACUAACUUCAUCAUAAUUAGUCUUGUCAACCCCAAGACACAUUCUGACCAGUGUGUUUUACUGCACAUUGAUUUUCAGAAGCCUCAAAAGUUUAAUAAGUUAAUUCUCUAUGUGACAAGUGUAGUCUGGAUAGGUUAGGAAACCUAAGUGAAAUCAGUUUAAGUGAAAUCAGUUGAAAUUCCAAAACAGCCCAAGACUUGUAGAAUUAUUAUUAUCUACAUUUUGUAUGACAAUCUGAAAAUGAGAGUGACUUGUGACUGAUUAUGAUACAGCAUGUCACAUAUUAGCUAUACAACAUUAUAAAGAUAUGAAAGGAUGGCAAGAUCAUACUUACGCUAGUAUUGUUUACUAUACAUACAAGCAAAUAUCAAUCACAUACACAUGGGAAGAUGCAUAAAACAUAAACCUCUUUAGUAGAGACAUUUCCAAGGUCCUGAGGUCUCAAUGUCUUGUGGACAUGUCAAAUAGCUAAACAUUGACCCAGUGUUAUUUACACUAUAUAUACAAAAGUAUGUGGACACCCCUUCAAAAGAAUGGUUUCGGCUGUUUCAGCCACACCCGUUGCUGACAGGUGUAUAACAUCGAGCACACCGCCAUGCGAUCUCCAUAGACAAACAUUGGCAGUACAAUGGCCUUACUGAAGAGCUCAGUGACAUUCAAUGUGGUACCGUCAUAGGAUGCCACCUUUCCAACAAGUCAGUUCAUAAAAUGUCUUCCCUGCUAGAGCUGCCCCGGUUAACUGUAAGUGCUGUUAUUGUGGAGCAACAACGGCUCAGCCGCGAUGUGGUAGGCCACACAAGCUCACAGAACAGGGCCGCCCAUGUGCUGAAGUGCGUAAAGUGUAAAAAUUGUCUGGCCCCUGGGUUUGGCACAUGCCAGGAAAAUGGUACCUGCCCCAGUGCAUAGUGCCAACUGUAAAGUUUUGUGGAGAAGCAAUAAUGGUAUGGGUCUGUUUUCAUGGUUCUGGCUAGGCCCCUUAGUUCCAGUGAAGGGAAAUCUUAACGCUACAGCAUACAAUGAUAUUCUAGAUUAUUCUGUGCUUCCAACUUUGUGGCAACAGUUUGGGGAUGGCCCUUUCCUGUUUCAGCAUGACAAUGCCCCUGUGCACAAAGCGAGGUCCAUACAGAAUUUUUUUUUCGAGAUCGGUGUGGAAGAACUUCACUGGCCUGCACAGAGCCCUGACCUCAAUCCCAUCAAAUACCUUUGGAACGCUGACUGUGAGCCAGGCCUAAUUGCCCAACAUCAGCGCCCGACCUCACUAAUGCUCUUGUGGCUGAAUGGAAGCAGGUCCCCUUAGCAAUGUUCCAACAUUUAGUGGAAAGCCUUCCCAGAAGAGUGGAGGCAGUUAUAGCAGCAAAGGGGGGACCAACUCCAUAAUAAUGCCCAUGAUUUUGGAUUGAGACGUUCAACGAGCAGGUGUCCACAUACUUUUGGUCAUAUUGUGUAGAAGAGACAUCAUUAUCACAGGGCCCAGUCUAAGAUGCUCUAUUUUACUGAAGAAAUGAUUCAUUAUUUCUGAAUUGAGUUACAGCAUGUUAGUUUUAAAAUAACUUGCAUAAUUUGUCCCAACUUCAGCAAAACAUUUCACAGACAUUUAACACACACCUGUAAUCCUACUUUCAGUAAAGAAAGUUGAUGUUCCAUUUUCCUUUAGAGACUAGAGUCCUCAAACUCAACUCUGGACCUCGAAACAA